UCCUCUCGAAAUACCCAAAAGAGCACUUGGCUCUCCAAUGCAAAGCUGUCGCCCUGAUCCGGACUGAGAAGUACGAAGAAUGUCUAAGCACAAUCAAGAAGUUCCCGGAACUCAUGAAAUAUGUCUUAUUUGAGAAGGCUUAUGCCGAAUAUCGUCUAAAUCGUAUUCAUGACGCCCUAAAGACAUUGGAAGAUGGGGAACCCAAUGAUCUACGAAUACUAGAGCUAAGGGCUCAAGUUGGCGAUUUUGGGGAGGAGCGGCUCACAAAUCUGACGGCAGGGGCGGCCUCAGCUGCCUGCUUCAAACAGCAACAUAUUGAUAUUGACAUUAAUCCGGACACGUACGAAGGGAAGUUCAACUUAGCUUGUUACCAGCUCGGUUUGGGCAAUGUCGCAAAGGCUGAAACCUUGUUACAUGAUGCUGAAACUGUAUGCCGAACUGCUCUUGCUGAUGAUCCAGAGGUUACUGAGGACGAAGUGAACGAGGAGCUGGCACCUAUAACAACGCAACAAGCCUAUCUUCUGCAGCGUGCUGGAAAGGAAGAUGCUGCGAAUCAUAUUUACCAAUCGGUGACGCGACAUCGGUCCACGGAUCCCGCUUUGCUCGCCGUAGCUGCGAACAAUAUUGUGUGCAUCAAUAAGGAACAAAACAUCUUCGACAGUCGAAAACGUAUCAAAAUGGCAUCGAUAGACGGGUUGCAACACAAGCUGUUUGCCAGGCAACGUGAAGAAAUAGUCAUCAAUCAAGGUCUGUUUUAUUGGCACACGAACCAAGCGGAUGCGUGUCAUGUAAAGGCAAAGGCUGUACUUCAAAUGAAUCCUCAUUCCACACGUGGUGUUCUCUUGUCAGUAUCGCAGCUUCUGAAGGAGAAGCAGUACGACCGGGCUGCUUCUAUGUUAGAGCAAUACUGUGGUGCGCACGAGGAGCUAGCGCGAAACGGCUCAACGGAUGAUCUGAGUGUUCUGUUCAGUCUGGCUCAACUCCGUUUACGUCGGGGGGCUGGUGGACAGAUCUGUAGCGGUGUUCCACGAGCCGAAAACAUCGUAGCUAUGGAUGAAUUUCUCGUCCGAUCCCUUCCGGAUACGGUACUGUACGCUCCUGGUGUAGUCGCUACUCGUAUGGCACUGUACUUGCUUGCAUGCACGGGAGACGGUGCAGUUAUUGACCGUCCAAAGGCGAUGGGACUUAUCAAAGAUAUCGUUCAAAAAUCACUCACUUGGUAUGAGACUACCAAUUCCAAGGAUCCAGCCUACGCUCAGCUUUUGGACAAAUGUGCCAACUUUCUGCUUCAACAUGGUCAGGCCGAGUGUGCAGCACGUCUUUGUGAGCAACAGAUCGCACGGUUAGAUCGUGCUUACGAUCCACGGGACGAACAACAGGUCAGUUACAGACAGACACUUGUUGCUCGCUUAGUACGGGCUUACGCACAAUUUGAUCGCCCCAGAGCGGAAGCAGCUUGCAAGAGUCUCAGGUUUAAGGAGGAGCUCAGCGAAGCAGAGGUGGAUUCGUUAGAAACGUCCUUCUUAUACGGUGCCAAGGCAGUUAGACGACAGGGCAGGACUGGUGAGCAGCAACCUUCGGAGGGCAAACCAUCCAGUAAAGCCAAGUCGACACCUGUUACACCUGGAUUGUCCUCCGGUGCUGCAAGUGUUGACAUCCAAGCUAAACGCGUCCGCCGGAAAAAGAAACGACCUAUCCGCCUGCCUAAAAACUAUCAGCCUGGAGUGAUGCCCGAUCCUGAGCGAUGGUUACCUAGACGAGAACGUGCACACUAUCGUGGAAAACGUCGAGACAAACGUUAUCAACCCACAAGAGGCCCGCAAGGACAGAUCUCUGGUGGUGGCGAAUGGGACGCCAGCGCACGAAGUCCCAAAGUAGGCCCGACUACAUCUCCUCGGCCGGCCGAAGCCCCGGGAUCGACUCCAAAGCAAGGCAACAGUGCUGCCAGGCAGCAGCAGCGAAAGGGUCGCAAGAAGGGUCGCUAAUUCACUCAUCACUCCUAUCAAGGUGAUAUGACCACUGUGCGCUUGUUUGUUCCCUAUGCCUUGUGCCACAACAAACUCAUUGUCUUUUGGUGGUCUACCCCAUUUUUCUUCCUUUUUUCAUUUCCCGUAUAUUAAUAGAAUGGUUAUCUUGCUGAAACUCUACGCUGCUUUUGAAAUUCCUUUGUCUAGUGGCCUUGUCUCAUGCAGAAAUGACCGA